GCCCUUUAUUAUUUUCCCUCUUUACACAGCCGACAUUCUCACACCUCUUCUCUUAAAAAAUCAAAAACACAUAUCGACCGAAAAAAAGCGACCCUACACAAGGAGCUUCUUUACCAAAUGGCCUAUAUCGAUACACUUGGCGAGCACUCACAGGCCUUCCGCGCUUACUCAUCUGAAGAGUUCUCGCCAUCAUCACAGGAAAAUAUUCAGCUCAUUCCCACUCGUCUCGAUCCUAUCUCCAAUCAACGAGUCAUUUUCUGGAGUGACAUCUUGGACCAGUUUCCCAAUGCAGAGUGCUGUGUUGUCAAUCGUGUCAAUGGCGAUCGUGCUGUCUUGUUCCUCACAGACAGUGAGUUUGAAUACCUCAUUCCGAAGCGAAUUCCCUAUUACCCAGGCCAAGUACUUGACAUCAUUUCGUCGGAAGAUGCAUCCAACUUGAGUCAUAGCCCUAUUAUUUCUAACAAAGCGUCAUUUAACCAGAGUAUACAGGGCGCUCCAGAUGUAGAAAAAGUAUCAACGGCUGUACAUCUGUCUCAGAAUAAUGAUGUGACUUCUCUUGUGAAAUUUGAUUCUCAGCAACAGCAGCUACAGGGUUCUGAUAUCCAAGCUAUUAUGUCAGGACAAAUGCAACAUGCUGAGGAUCUCAUGCGAUCGGUGCGAUAUUACUAUGAUCGUCUUCAGUUUGAGGUUCAAAAGAGCCGCGAGCUUCAGGAACGAGUCUAUGCAAAACAAAAAGAUGCCAAAGAGCUUUUGAUCAAGGGAGAGGAGGAGGGACGGAAAUGGCAACAGCUAAUCUAUGAUCAACAGGUCCAUAUGCAGAAGUCAUUUGAGGAGAAACAAGCCAAAAUUCUUCGCAUGCAGGAAGAGGCUCUGGAACGGCUUGCGGUGAUCCAGAACCGUGUUCAAGCCGUACUCACUCAGACAUAUGAGCUACACGAAUACCCUAUCCCACAUCUGUUCAUCGUCUUACCGAAGGCAUCCCGACGUCGAGACACAAUAACGAAUCCGUUCUCAAACCAGUUCCGGUUGUUCUUCCUUUGUGAAUGCGGCAAGCAUACAAUGACAGAGAGGAGCAAGAUCUCGCAUGAAAUCCAUCUAGCAAAGCAUGAGGGGUAUGAUAUUGAACGGCCUACAGAGUUCUUCCAGAAGUAUGGCCCCUAUGUGCUGACGAUGAUGGAGAUGAUCAAGUUUGGGUUCUCAGUAGCUGGAAUGCUCGUACCAGCUCUGGCCAAUACAGGGUUGGUUGAAGGCAUGGAUGUGGUUCAAAAGAACCUUGAUCUUACCAACAGCAGCAUUGGCUCUCUUGUGGAUGACACAAUCAACUUUAUUAAUGACCAAUACACGAAUGCGGAUGGUGGAAUGGAUUUAGAGGAUGGUGACGGCGGCCAGAGCUUGGAUAAAUUAGAGGCGCUAGAGGGAGCAGAUCUCCGACAGCUAGAAUCUUUCCUUUCUGUUCAUGAUGAAGGCCGAGUCCUUGGUAACUUGUACAGAAUCGUGACGACAGAGGGUAAAGUCAAGUGGGUGUGUAUUGACCAUUAUCGCGAGAACUACAGGACAUCAGCCAUGCAGUUGGUCCGCGAUUCUAUUUCGUCCAACCAAGGCUUGUACAAGGAGGACAAAGGAGAAAUUAUAAUUGCAAUCGGAGAUAGAGACCGAGCUAAUGAGUUUUACGAUGUCCUUACCAAGGCACGUGGAAUCCAAUACUUAGAUAUUACUUUGGCUUGGGAUGCAACUCUUGAUGACCUCCGUCAGUUGGCUGCAGCGGUCUCAAAUGCUAACAUCCUUCAUCUCACUCUCAGCGGCAACAAGCUUAUUGGGCCUAACCGUGAUUUCUUCAACAGAGGGCGCCGUUUCGAUCCCAUCGUCCAGCUCUUACAGAAUCGACGUAUCCAGUCUUUGAAACUGACUGGGUUCAAGGACUUUUAUGCACAUGUGUCCUCAGCUCCCCUUGCUAUGGCUCCUCAGGUCCGAAACUUGGCUUUAAGUUGCGAGAUAGAUCCCAUGGACAAGGAAUCUACUGCAAUUGUGACAAGGAUCCUCAAGACCGUCCCUGCUCUUGCAAAACUGACGCUUUGGUCCACCCAAUUUAUCCCUACCUUCGAUUUCCUUAUGACACAACUUCAAUAUGUACCCACGCUGGACAGCUUAAAAGUUUUACAGGAUGACUUUGAUGUCACAUUUAAGCUCUUCCAAAGCAAGAUUCGUGGCACCACCAUGCGAACCAUUAGGUCAUUCAGUGCGAUUGUCGCACGCGAAAGAGAGUUCCUCAAGCGAGGCCUUGUUACCAAAUUUGUGACAAGAGAGUUGACUGAUAAGCUUGACGAGCAGUCUUGGCUCGAUGCCAUGGUGUUGAGCCCUAAUCUGUCCGAAGUGCACCUCAGCUGCCAUGGUGGCCGGUCUUUAGAGCUGAUCGAAGCAAUCUCCUCUACCAGGGACAAAACUAUUUCUCAAACCGGCACUUGUUCUCUCGCAAGGCUUGAGUUGCAGAUGGAUAAUGUUUCUUUCGUUGUCAUUGACUUCUCAAUGGAUAAGCCUGAAAUAAACGAUACGGAAUAUAAGGAUGGGGCGACAACAGUGUCUACUACAGCAUAUACGAUGACCGACCUUAACACCGCCAAGUUCCCCAAAGCAGACAAAUCUAAUCCUUUGACCCAUGUACUACGACUACACGGUCAUACGAUCGAACGAUUGGCAGCAGAUGGCGAGUUUACAGAUGAUCAUGUAGCAAUUCUGGACCAAGUGACUCAAGAACGAGGUUCCCGUCUUCUAAAAAUGAAUUUGGAACCGGACUCUCUUACAACUGCAGCAUGUGAAAGUUUAGACCGAGUUCUGGAGCGGUCCCACAGCCUGAAGAGGUUCAUUCUCCAAAAAUACAGCAUGAACAACAAAGAACAACAUGAGAUGAUCCAAACGUUGUUGACUAGGCAUGGGAAGCGCAUCAAUGAGCUUGUAUUGGUAGGGUCUUCUGCAGAAGAAUGGUUGCCAAUCGUAGCGAACACAGUACCAACCCGCCGUGAGCUGCCUGUCCUGGACACAUUGAAUAUCAAGUCGAACGAGAAAGUAGAAGUUUCACAGGAGAUUGCAGACUGGCUUGUCGCCAUGGCAACAGCGCCCCCAUCAGUCACUCCCCCUCCUCCUCCCCCAACUUCUAGUGAUGCUAUUUACACUCUUGAUACCACAGUGGAAGCAGUAGAGGCUCUGGAUCCCAUAUCUCGUUCACUUGUACAACGGUCGAUAAAGAGAACCGUUCCUAUUUCAGAUCCCUCCAAGGCAAUGGCGUCCAAAGCAUGGACAAGCCUAGAGGUGUUUUGGCUGACUGGUCUUCAUAUGCAGUCUCAACAAUGGGAGGCUCUGAUCAAGGCUAUUGACUUUACGUCCGCGCAGGAUUUGGGCUUUUGGUAUUCUAACUUUGAUUUAGACCACCUCCAGACUUUAGUGGAUACUAUCCCUGAGGCCAAAAAGCAUCCAGCUCCACUACGUUUCCUUAGACUUGGUAAAACUAAAUUUGAUGGGCACGGUAGUCGUCCAAUAGAAAUUCCAAGGGAGUAUACGAAAGCGCUGAAGAAGAAGGCACCACUGGCCAAGAUCCAAUCUUGAAGGAUGUGAAGAAUUAUAUAAUACCAACUCAUGGCACCGUUGAUACUUAUAAUAUACAAAUAUAAAGUGCUUUUUUCCUUCCUUCAUUUGGGAAAUGAAAACAUGAGUAAU